AGAAUCUAGACGCUACCACAUCGCUAGUCAACAUGGUAAAACUAUUUGUAGGUAACAUCCCAACUGAAGCAACUCAGAUAGAGCUGAAGUCACUGUUUGAGCAGUUUGGUACAGUAACCGAAUGUGACAUCAUAACAAAUUAUGGCUUUGUCCACAUGGAAGACAAAAAGUCAGCAGAUGAAGCUGUUAACAAUCUGAACCACUACAAGCUACAUGGGGUAUCCAUCAAUGUGGAGCACAGCAGAGGAAAACCCAAAGCCUCCACAAAGCUUCAUGUGAGCAGCCUUAGCACUGACAUCACCAGUGAUGAGUUGCGUGAAAAAUUUGAAGAGUACGGAUCUGUGCUGGAAUGCGAUAUUGUGAAAGAUUACGCCUUUGUUCACAUGGAGAAAGCAGAGGAAGCACUGGAAGCGAUCAGAAUGUUGAACAACUUAGAACUCAAAGGUAAGCUAUUUUUGGGUUCCGGCGCGGGCUUCAGUCGCGUUUGCAAUAAAAAUGUUACCUCCGUGCUUCAAAAUGGUGAAACAUCCCAAACUUUUAUAAUUUUUUUUUUUUGUUUUUAAAAAAGAAUGAGCCUACUGAAAUAUGCAUAGGUGGUUGUAGUAACAUCAAUUUGGGCUUUUUCCCACAUAGUAAUGCUGGACAGUACAAACUAAUCUGUAUUAAGUUUUCUUGUUAAAUUAAGUUAACGAACUAAGUGAGCCUGGUCCUCUCAGAAUCUGCUACUGAAAUGUGUAGCAUGGCUCCUUAUGGAUAGACACAAAGUAACCAUGGUGUAGUGACCUGUAGAGCACAGUAAUAUCUGCUUGUCUGAUUCAAAGAUAGUGACGUUUAAGUACCCACUCUUGUCCAUACUUAGAAUAACUGAAGCUCAAUAAUCCAAAAUUUGUUUUCUUAUUAAGUAAGCAGCAUUCAUAUUUUAUGUAUUUCAGUCAGCUAAGGCAUUUGCUGUAGCUUAUUUUAGCAUUUCAUUUGUAGCAGAUUCUGUCCCUUUACAGAAUACUGCAAUCCCUAUCUCUCCCUUUUUAGUAGGAUGAUUAAUUUGAAUCCGGAUUGUAGUCCGAGUGGAAGCUUAGUUAUGAUCAAAUUUAAAAAUGUCCAUUGUAGAAUAAGACAAGCUGGUAAACUAAGAAGUAGAUAUUGGCUAGAGAUUUCUUUUGCAGUUUUCACAAAAAGAAAAAUUCACGGACCAGCUUAGCAAUUUAGGUUAAAAAAAAAUUCCAGCAACAACCGUCUGUUUGAUGACGGCAUCUGUACAUAUAAAAUCUUACUUGUUCUUUAUGUAAGCUCUUUAUAGGUAAAUCAGACUAUUGUUAAGGGUUUUCAAUUACAACAGAUAUGUAUUAGGCAGAAAUAAGAAAUGAAUGUGUCCAGUUCAUCUACACACAACAAUCUUCUUGCCUGUAAUCAGUUGCAUAUGAUAACAUAUGGUGUGUUUUUCUUUUUCCCCAAAUAAAGAGCUGUUUUGGAA